UAGCAGUGUUGCCGUGCAAGGAUUUCUCUUUUCUGUUUCCUCUACAUCUGUUUGUUCAUUCUAAUAUGAUGUCAACAUGAUUCAUUUGUAUCAAAAAGUCACAAUUAUUCACAAUAUUUCCAUUUUUUAUCAACUGUUUUUCAAAAUAAAUCUUAUUAUUUACUGUUUUAACAAUUGUUUUCAGAUUAUUUUUUUUAUAAUUCACGUUGGCCUAUAUGUUAAUGCCAGCUGAAGAACUGAACCACUAGUGUUACAAGGAAGUGUUAACGUGCACGUCUGUCUGCUUCUGCCCAUGUCGUACUGUUAGCUAUUGGAAACGGAGAAUUAUCAAAAUAAUAUAAAUACAGCUAAAGAACAGCAUGUGAGAGGAAACCUCUGAGAGACGACAUUAAAACAAAGUUACUCACCUGUGCAAUGGCGAGUGAACGCUCCCCAAAUGUUCAUGGGGGUCCUCCUCCCCAGUGUGAUCUUAGACUCCUGCUGCUUGGAAGAGUAGGAGCUGGGAAGAGUACAGUAGCCAAAACCAUCCUGGGCAGAGAUAACUUCCGGAGUGAAGGAGGCAUGUGUGUGAAGAAGCAGGGUGAGGUGGCUGGAAGGACUGUCACCGUGGUGGACACCCCGGGCUGGAACACUGUGAAGUACACGUCCACACACAUCAAACAAGAAAUUAAGAAUAGUGUGACCCUAUGUCCUCCAGGACCACAUGCUCUUCUUCUGGUGGUUCCCAUGGGCGACCCUCUCUCCUCCGCAGAAAGAAAGGCGAUUCGGUAUCACAUGGAGCUAUUGUCAGGUAGGGCAUGGAGGUUUACCAUGGUCUUGUUUGUCAGUGAGGCUGAGGAGAAAUGCACAUCCAUUGAACAGAAUCAGAUGAUCGACAGAGCAAAAAGUAUUCUAGCGAAAUGUGGAGACAGGCACCAUCUCCUUGAUUGUGGGAAUUCUCCUACCCAGAUUUCUGAGCUCCUGGUAAAGAUAGACGCCAUGGUAGAAGAAAACUGUGAAGAAUUCUUAAUCCCCCAAGUAUACUAUGAACUGAUGGAGACUACAAUGCCAAGGGAAGUGACCGAGCUGAGAAGGAUGUAUGAAGACCGAGAGGACAGACUGAAACAGAAAUACAAAACAGAGUUGAAGGAAAAGGAAGACGAGCUGAAGAAGUAUAGAGAAGAAGAGAAGCCUAAAGAAAGGUUGAUGAAGAGGACAAGUAGCAGUCAACUACUUCCCCCCAGUAUAAGCACAGAGAAGCAGGACAGGUCGGUAAUGGCUGACCAUCAGAAGGUGGACCUACAGGCCGUCAAGCAAGGAUACAGGGAAGAGGCCUUGUCUGUGGUGGGCCACUACGUCAAACCACUAAUAGUGAUUAUGACUGCUGUAGUGGGGGCACUCAUGGGAGCAGUUGCAGGUGCACAACAUGGAACACUUGGCGCGUGUAUUGGGAUUCCUAUAGGCAUUAUUUUGGCUGUUCUUGUGAGUUACGCUGUCCGUGGAGCCGCCACAGCAGCAAGGGAUAUUUCCAUCAAAGUCAAAGCUGAGGAAAAUGAAAGCCAGAGGAGAGAAGAGAGAGCAGACUUCUUCUUAGAUUCUCCAAAAUCUAAAAGAUUUGAUAAGGAUCAGUGACACUCUUUUGGAUGUCAGCACUAUUCUAUUGCUACAGUGUGUCGUGUAUGGACUGUGCUGUAUGGACUGCCACUCUCAUGGUUCACCUGACUUGACUGGCUGACCCCAGUGAAGAGACAGGACAGACUGCCCAGCAAACCGGGAACAUACCCAGAACAUAAGAAAGGGUUUUUAUACAACAUUAGGACGUUCUCCUAACAUUCACAAAAACGCACCACAUCUGUAACAACCACCAUUCCCCAAACAGUUUCGUUAUGUUUCCUGGUAAUGUAAUAACACAAUGUACCAGCAAUGUUUUUAGAACAUACUGCUGCAACAAAAUGUAUGCGCAAUGUUCUGGGAACGUUCUUGCAACAUCAGGCGAAUGUUUUAUACAAACAUUGUAUAAUUGUCAGCGCAACUGGACAGUUUUUGUGUUAUGAUAACAUUUGCCGCAACCUAACAAAUGUUCUGGGAAUUUUCAGAGGAACAAUUUUGGUUUGUUAGACACUCUCUCUCUCUCGCCCUCUCUCUCUCUCUCGCCCUCUCUCGCCCUCUCUCGCCCUCUCUCUCUCUCUCUCUCUCUCUC